GUUUACAAAUCGGCAACACUGUCCACCAGUGAUUCAUCUUCCGCGUGGGCGUUUCAUGUUUUGGACUUGUUUUCUGGGAGUUCGCCAUCAAAAUCGGUUCCGCGAUGGUCAACGGAUUGACGUCCGGCAAGCAGCGUCUGUGCCGAUUGUGCGCGACCGCCCAGUUCGAGCUGUGUCCGAUCUUCGGCGAUGGUACAGCCGAUCUAGCCGAAAAGAUCUACGACUGCACAACGGUAGAGAUCAGCAACGCGGACGCCCUGAUUUGCCAACAAUGCCGGUCCAAAAUCAUUAUUAAUCAUCAUUUCAUCGUGAGUUGCCAGAACGCGAACCGGAAGUUCCACCGGGUGUUUGGUGCGCUGGUCCGGCAGCACAUCCGGAUGAGCGUUGAUGGUUUCAGCGCUAGAUCUGUGACGCAGGACGUUAGGCGGGUCGGUGGCGGUGACAAGCAGUUGGCUUUACCGAAGGCGGUCCCUACCAAGAGUGUGGCUAACAAAGCCGUUCCGGCGAAGCACUACCUUUUGCAGCGUUUGACAAAUGAUGACCAACUCCGGCGGCGCCAUUCGAUCAACGAGGACCGAAUAGUUAAGCCGAAACGAGAGGUCAAGAGGCGCCUUUCGGAAGAAUCGCACAUUUCGAUUGCCUCGAUUGAGCUUGCGGCGGCCAAAAUUGAGGAAGCGCUGUCAACCGACAUUGUCCCGAAGACCGAGGCCGGCCGCCAAAAGUGCCCAAAGUGUGGACAGUUGGUGCUGAAUCUGCAGAAGCACCUGGAUCUCCACUCGACCAUUACCAAGUAUCUUUGCGAAAUCUGCAACAAAUCGUUGACCAAGCGCUGUAAUUUGAAGUAUCACAUGAACUUGCACACGGGAGAAAAACCGUACCGGUGCCGUGCGUGUGGCCUAAGGUUUACCUGUCCGUCUAAACUCUGGGCCCACCGGAAACUCAACCGCGAAUGUGGCAAAAUCCAUAAACGCUCCAAAAGCUAUCGAUACAGCUGCAACGGGUGCACCAGCGUGUUCAAGCACCGGCAGCUGAUCGAGGAGCACAUGCGCACCAACCAUCCCGAUCGGAAGCAUCCGUGCGAAACUUGCGGAAGGGCUUACUUCACUCGGAAGCAGUUGAGCCAGCACAAUUAUAAAGUCCACGGAUAGAUCAAUUAAAUGGGCGGAAGCAAAGAAACCGAAGCUUGGUGAACGCAUUUUGAGUUGGACUGAUUGCCCCCUGAAUUACCUGAUAUAAUUUCACAAAAAUAAUGUGGUUUCGAUAUUUCUGGCACAAUAAAAAAGU